UGCCAACUUGAGAAACUUUUCGACUGGGUGACAUUUCUUUGGGUUGAUCAAUUUCGAAAAGUCGAGUUCUUUAAUUAAUUAAAGCAAAAUGGCAUCGCAAAAACUAUCAGUGAUGGUCCGCUCAUUUAGCACCAGCCAAAUCGCCCAGCAAAUGGUGAAACCCCCAAUCCAAAUAUUCGGUAUUGAAGGCCGUUACGCCACCGCUUUGUACUCGGCAGCCAGCAAACAAAAAUCCCUGGAAGCCGUCGAAAAGGACCUAAUUAAGUUCCAAGCCUCCAUGAAAUCCGAUCCCAAGCUCCGCGAAUUCAUUAUUAACCCCGUAAUCAAGCGUUCAGUUAAAUCCGACGCUCUUAAGGCUGUCGCCAGUAAAAUUUCUCUUAAACCUGAAUCGGCCAAUUUGUUGCAACUUUUGGCUGAAAACGGCAGGCUAAAGAAGUUGGACGGUGUCAUCAACUCCUUCAAGAUUAUCAUGGCUGCCCACCGUGGAGAGGUGACCUGUGAAGUUACCACAGCCAGAGAGUUGGACAGCGACCAGAAAAACAAGUUGCAGUCCACCUUAAAAUCCUUCUUGAAGGCCAAUGAGUCGAUAAAUCUUACCACCAAAGUUGACCCAGCAAUUAUUGGUGGCAUGAUUGUCAGCAUUGGUGACAGAUACGUUGAUAUGAGUGUCGCCAGCAAAAUCAAGAAAUACACCGAAAUUAUUUCCACAGCUGUUUAAUCAAUUUCCCCCAUCUACAAUUUACAUUUUAGAAUUAUAUGAUAGAGAUGUUAAUAAAUCUAUUAAUAUUUAA